AUGAGUCUACAUGAUCGAUUGGUAAUACCCUUAAGAUCCUCUCCAACAAAAGACGCCUCCUCACCAGAGAAUUCUAAGAAGAAUAAGUUGCAACAUCUUCGUGUAAAUAUAGUGCCAAAAGAAGGUGAGAGGGCCCGAUCUUUUUCUCAGAGUUUUUCUGUGAGUAAUCCUCCAAAAGCAAAGUCUUUGAGGAAAAGUUUAGGAACUUCAUCAGUUGCGGAUUCACCAAUCGGAUCACCAUUGCUUGCAUCGACAUCAUUAUUAGAGUGUUCUUCACCAAGGAGAAUAUCAAUGUCAUCAAUGAAUGCUCGACAUACUCUAAUUGGUUCCUCACCUCUCAUGGGAAGAUUAUUGUUUGAGGAUUCUUCUCCAACCAGUUCAUCGUGCAGUAGCUUUUCGAUGAGUGUAAAUAAUAAUAUUAAGGAUACAGGUUUCUUUGCAAAUUUUGAAAAGAAGAAUAUUUCUUUUGUCACCUCAAUGCCACUAAGAAAACUUCGAUUUGUAAAAUAUGAUUCAGAAGAUCCACCGAAGAGGGAAGAGCAAUCCAAAGAAAAGAGCUAUCCAAGCUUUAUUCAUGAGGUGUACAAAUUUAAUGAUCUAAAGUUGGAUGCUUGUAAAAACCAAUUUAAAGUUAGUAAUGAAAAUGAGGAAAUGAUCAGAGAUUUUAUAGAUGACAUUCACCACUUAAAGGAACGGGAAGGAUUUAAUACUAAUAUUUUGGACGUAUCAGUUACACGAGAAUACUUCUCAGAAAAGAAACUGUCCACAAUGGAGGAGCAAUUACUGAAAAGUAUCAAUUCCAUUCUAUUUCCAAAUAUUAAGAGUAUUGUGGAUAACCCUAAUAAUUUCAUGUCCACUUCAAGAGAAAUAGUUGCUGAGCUUCCACUAAAAGUUCCACGAUUGAGACUAAUUAUGCAAUUAUAUAAUACUGACACUGUGAAUGCUCUUUUAUUACUAAUGACCAGUUGCACAACUCCAUCACUCCGUGCUAAAAUUUCAGCCAAACGAAAAGGAAGAGCUGCAACAUCGGCUUCUUCUGCUGUUAGUAACACAGCCACCAAGCAAGAGUUGGCCUCUAGAGCUGUUAUUUCAACAUCAGCUCCUCAAGAACAAUCAAGUUAUUAUCAAUUUUCGGAGGCUUUGAAGGCUAAUGCCCCUCUUGCUUUUACCAUGUUUGAAUCUGUUUUAAAGAAGAGAGAUGUUAAUACAGGAAAUUGGAAAACAAUGUGUAUAUCUAUUGAAGCUAUAACGGAAACAAUUUACAAACAAAAACAACCACUCCAACCGACAUCAUUCUAUGGAGCAAUUCUUAAAACACUUGCUUCUUCACAAAGCGAUGCUAAAAACUGUGCAUCACUUCUUCAACUCUUUUCAAUUGUUGUUGAACAUAUCAAACCUGCUGUUGUACACUCAUCAUUGGACUUUGUUGGACAAGCAAUGACAAAUAUUCACCAAAGUAUGGACAAGUUUGAAUAUGUCACAAUUCAACUCGUUCCUCUCCUUCUUCAAAUUAAUGCAAAAUUAGGUGAUGUUCCACCACAAUCUCCACUUUUCCCAAAGAAACAACAAUUAGAAAAAUUAAUAUUUUCAUUCCUUUUUGAUACUAGAGUUCAAGUUAGAGAAAAAUGUAUUCAAACUAUCCAACAAUUGAUGGAAAAGAACCAAUUAUUCUUAACUGAGGACGAAAUGGUUUCAGUUUAUCUUAUUGAACAAUACCAAACAUCAAGUAAGACUAGAAAUGCUGAAAUUGCAAUGUCAGUCAUUAAAGGAAUUGGAUGUUUGAGUGAAAAAUUAGGCGAGAAGAAUAUAGUAGUAGUAUUACAAAAAACUUUGGACAUUUUAUUGAAGGGAAAUUCAAACAAUUUACCUGCCAAUAUUUGUGCUGAAAUUUAUAGAACACUUAAAAACAUUUUUGAUAACAAUAAGAAUAUUGCCGCCCCUAGUAUUGCUAAAGUGAUAGAUUUCCUUACUGAAAAAGUUUGUCCAACAUUGAAGAGUGAUGAUCCAAAGAAGGUUAUUGCCUACAUUGUAAUGAUGACUCACGCCCACAAAUGUCUUCAUAGACUUGAUAAGGAACUUUCUGCUAGUAGAGUUCACAAGUUUUUCAAAUUAAUUUUUGAAUCACUUAUUUUAGCAAAGAAUGAAUCAGAAGAAACCAGCUCUGCUGCAUUCACAAAUCUUCAAAACUUGAUUUGGAAUUGUUUUGAUGCUGAACUUUUUAGAGAAAGAAACAAGAAUAGCUCAAUGGAUGAUGAUGAAGAAUCUCCAAUGUUGGCUAUUGCUAACACAUUGCAAACUGGAUUGGAUAAUACUCAUUAUGCUAAAUAUGACUUGAUUUCUCAACUUACCUUGGAUACUAUUUUGAAGAUUGGUUUAGUUAGAUCAAGAGGUAUCAAAGUUUCAUCAAUCAACAAUUGUGUUUUGGACUUUUUACUCUUUACUAGUGACGUCUUGCAAGAUUUACUCAAGAGAGAAUCUGAUAAGAAGAAAGAAGGAGCCAGUGCACUUGAACAAACCACACUCAAAAAUGCUAGAUCUGUCUAUUAUUUGGAAAAGAUUGUUGGAUACUGUAUUCGUGUUUUGGGACCAGCCGAAGCAUUCAAGGAAGGAGGUAUUACAUUUGAUGGUUGGGUUUUGAGUAUUUUGAUCAAUCAUAAAGUUGAUUACUCAAAUGUUCCUAACAUGAAGAUUGGACAAAAUGAUGAACAAGAUCUUUCUAAACUUACUGGUAUUUGUGUUAAUGGACAACUUGCUUAUUGGGUUAACGUUCUCUUACCAAUGGCCAAGUCAUUCUACGAUAAGAGCAAGACUACUGAAGUUGAUAGACAUGGAAAUAAUUCCUUCUUGACUUUAUAUGAAAAGAUUUGGGCAUUGUUACCACAAUUCUGUAGUUAUCCAAUCGAUUUAGAAUCACAAUUUUCCACUAUUGCUCCACUUUUGGGUGAAAUGAUCAAUAGCAGUGCAAAGGAAGGUGUUGAUUAUCAAAUCAAGAUUGCUUGUUGUAACAGUUUGGCAUUGACUAUUAACACUUAUCACAAUAUUGCAACAACUGGCAAAAUUCCUGACAAUAUCUUUGGUUUGAAUAAGAAUAUUUGUGAAAAGGGUCUUCGUGCUGUUGCUAACUUUAACAAACAAUUUAUUCCAAUCCUCUUCAACUUGUAUGUCGAACAAAACUCUAAAGCCACAACAGCUGAUCUUCAAAAUGCUGUCGGUAAGGCCAUUACUGCCUUCUUCUCAGUUUGUGAUCAUGCAACUGUUACUGACUACUUCAAGUUGGUUCUUAAGAAGAUUUUAGAAAUUAACUCCGAGUCUGAUGAAGAGAAAUUCUUUGGUUUCUUUGAUUUAUCUAUUACAAUGCUUAAUUCUGUACCUAAUUCCUGUCUUGAAAUUUAUUACAAGUUCCUCAUCCCAUACCUUAAAAUUACUACCAGUACCACACCUAAAUUGCAAAAGAAAGCAUACAAGGGAUUAUACAUUUUACUUUCAUCAUGGAAGAGAGAUUCUGGUGUUGCAAUGAAGAGGGAAACUAUCGAUGAAAUUUUAACAAUUUUCCAAUCUAUUGCUGAAAUUACCAUGUCAAAGAAAUUCAGAGUCAAGUGUUUCAACCUCUUGGUCACUAAAUACCAUGACUUGAUUUUCAAUAAUCCACUUUCUACAAUAAUUAUUGGUGAAUGUAUUUUCAAUAUUGAUAACACUGAAAAUCAAAAGAGUAGAGAUUUAUCCAUUUCCACUUUGAAGGCCUUUAUUGAUCCACUCAUUGAUAACAAAUAUACACAAGAACAAAAACAAUCUAAUGUGAUAGAUUUUGUUGUUAGAAGAGUUUUACCAGGUUUGUGUGGUAAAUCAAAUUCCAUGAUUGCUUCUACAAUCAACGCAUUGUCUGAACUUCUUCCUUCUUACUCUAAAUAUUUACAACCAAUUUUGAAGGAUGUUUUCGACUCUGUGACAAUUGUUUUACAAGAUGAAAAUGUUAAGGUUGUUUCAUCAUUGAUGCAAUUCUUCAAGAGAUGUGUAACCUUAUUCGAUAAGGAAACACUCAAACCAUACGUAUCUCUUUAUUUGAAUACAUUCUUUAACCAUUCUAACGAGAAAUCAGGAGGAACCAGUUUGAGAGUACAACUCAGAUUCCUUGUCACUAAGCUUUUCAAAAAGUUCAGUUUUGAUGAACUGAAGGAUACUGUUACUGAAAAGGAACGUCAUCACUUUUUGAAGAAUACUUUCAAGAGUAUGCACAGAGUAAAGAAGACAAAGAAGGAUGGAGAAAAGGAAGAAGAAAUGUCUGAUGAAGAACCAGAAAAGAAGGAAGAUUCUGAAUUUGCUGUCAAUAAGGGUAAAUUGGUUAUUAACGAUCUACCAGAAGAUGAAGAUAAGGACUCUGAAGAAUCAAAGAAGUUCACCGAAAAGCAAAGAACUGUUGAUCUCAUUAAGCAAUCUAUUGCUAGAGGUGCACCAGUUUCAAAGAAGAAGGAACAAGAACUGAAUGCUGACCAACUUUUCUUAGCCAAACUGGAAAAGAGAAAACACAAGAGAGAGACAAAGAUUGUCUUUGGUGGAGCCAAAGUGAAAGGUCAAGGAGCUGUUGAUCCUUAUGCUUACAUUCCACUCGAUCCAAGAAGACUUAACAAGAGAGAAAGAAAUAAGGAAAGUAAUUUCCAAAAAUUCGAAAGAAUUACCAAGAAGAAGAAAUAA